AUGCAGGACGCCUGGACUGCUCGCAAAUCUGAGGAGACCCAAGGUUACGCGGACCGCAGCGAAUGGAAGAACUUCUUCUCCGCGAUCAAAGCUGUCGACGGUCCGCCGACAAAGGGCACUGCUCCUCUCCUCAGCGCCGACGGCAACACUCUCCUGACUAAGAAGACGCAAAUCCUACAGCGAUGGGCCGAGCAUUUCCGAGGCGUCCUCAACCGUCCUUCCGUCAUCUCCGACGCCGCCAUCGAGCGUUUGCCGCAAGUGGAGACCAACGUGGACCUCGACCUCCCGCCAUCUCUCCAGGAGACCAUCAGGGCCGUGCAGCAGCUCUCCAGCGGGAAAGCACCCGGAUCAAACGCAAUCCCUGUUGAGGUCUACAAGCACGGAGGUCCCCAACUAAUGGAUCACCUGACUGCGCUCUUCCAGAUGUGGCGUCAAGGCGAGGUCCCGCAAGAUUUCAAAGACGCAACCAUCGUGAAUCUUUAAAAGCGACAAGAGAAUCGCCAAAUCUGCGACAAUCACCGUGGCAUCUCCUUGCUAAACAUCGCCGGGAAGAUCUUCGCCCGCAUCCUUCUCAACCGCCUCAACAACCAUCUGGAACAGGGCCUUCUGCCGGAAAGCCAAUGCGGCUUCCGUCGUCAUCGUGGGACCACGGAUAUAAUCUUCUCCGCCCGUCAACUUCAGGAGAAGUGUCAGGAGAUGCGGACCCACCUGUACUCUACCUUCGUGGACCUGAAGAAAGCCUUCGACACGGUGAAUCGUGAAGGACUGUGGAAGAUCAUGCAGAAAUUCGACCGCCCGGAGCGAUUCACUUAG